CUGCAGCCCGUGUGUCUCCAGCGGCUCUGCUUCGCUGCGGCCCUUGGCAGCACCUGCAGCCCCUCCAGCCAUGUCCACGUUCGGCCCCUGGGGAGCUGGCCCUCCAGUGUUCUUCCCGUCUUUGCUGUUGCUGCUGUGCUCCUUGGAUAGAAACACCUCAGUGAGCUCUGUGUCUACAAUCCUGUCCCUUUGCAACACUCCUUGAUAAACAGACAUUGUGCGCUUUCUUGCUCAGAAUUACCUUGGAGGACUUUUUUCUCCAGAAGAGCAGCUCUGAGCUCUGGAGUCAGGAAAGCCAGAGCAGCGUCAGCACACGGUAAAUCCAUCAUGCUCUGCUAGGCCCAGAAAUGCGGAGAUAAGGAUAAAUAGGAAAUGCGCAUGGGAUCAGUCAGUAGAGGUUGGGAUUAGGCUUAGGCAUUGGUCCUGCCAAGCGCCUGCCUUCCCUCCACACCAGUUCUGAUGCUCUGGGAGAGGACACACCAUGGCAGGUCUUCAGACAUUUUUGGGUUUCCUUACAGUGUGUUUCCUCACUACCUGACUGCCCAUCCUCAGAUGUGGGAUGCCUCAUAGAGCCCAGCAGGGGCUUUGGGGCCUUUAUUGUGGUUUUUUUUUUUCUUUCACUGUUCUGCUUCAUUUUGAAUGGGGUUGCCGCUUUCUAAUGUGGAGGGCAAGAGGGAAGUGUAUCCAGUCCACUUGAUGGCAGAUGCACUGUGAGUGAUUUCUCACCAGCUCCCAGAGCACCGAGCUUGCUCUUUCUGCCAUUGGGUAAAUGUAAACUUGGAGUCCGCUGCUCUGAGCAAUUUCCCAGGUUGCUGCUAGGCGGUCAGUUUUAGCUGAUUGAGGAGACAGCAGUAGUUGGUACUGGGGAGGUACUUGGGAGGGAGAAUGAGGCAGGCGGAGAAGAAGAGGGGGAUUCGGGUAUGAACGGUAGGACAGGGCAAGAGAGAGGAGGGGGUUAGAGAAUGGGAGAAGAAGGGCACGAAUGGGAGAGCCCGAGGAACGUGGUGGAAACAUGCAGUUGUACCCACACUGACCUAAAAUAGCUCCAUCCCCUUGCCUGGUCCCUGUGGCCUGGAGCAGGCUGAGUCGGUGGCUUCUAUGACCUCCCCGCUCCUCACCCCUCGCACCUGGGGCCUGCUGCACAGACAGUUUGUCCUGAAAAUUGAUGGCGUGCAGGUGCAUGUGCCUGAGCGCUGUAAGGCAUGGGGGGCGGUGGGGGUGGCAGGUUUUAACUUUGGGAAUUACACUUCUCUAAUUGUCUCUACUAGCCCUCUCUGGACUAGAGAGAUUUUGGAGAGAAUUGCCACAGAAUUUAACCAGUUACACUUUCAUGCUGUUCAGAACAAAGGCAUGCCUCUUCUGGACAAAGUAAGACCACGUAUAGCCCACAUUAUGGCCAUGCUGCAGCAGUCCCUGGGAGGCCUGCUGCUAGAAGGGCUUCAGACUUCCAAUGUGGACAUCAUACGGCACUGCCUCCAGACUUACGCUACAAUUGACAAGACACGGGAUGCAGAGGCGUUAGUCGGUCAAGUACUGGUGAAACCGUACAUGGAUGAGGUGAUUGUAGAGCAGAUCGUUGAGUCUCAUCCGGAUGGCCUGAAGAUCAUGUAUGCUAAUAAGCUCCUGGAGUUUGUUCCUCACCACUGCCGCCUUCUUCGAGAGGUUCCAGGAGGAGCCAUCUCAAGCCCUCAGCUGUCCCACCUGCCCAGAGCUCUGCAGCCUUCCUGAGUCGCUCGUGGCUUCUCAUCGCCCACAGAGGAGCAUCUAGUCUUCCUGCGCAACCUGGCACCCUUGGUGCUUGAGUCCUAGUGGUUCUAUGCUGUAGAACUUUCUACUGUGGAACUUUCCCCCAUACCACUAUGGUUCCUGGCCAGACAGGAGCGCUUGACCUUCCCUAACACACCUGGUACAGAAGAUCCCUGACUUCACCUUGGUUCAGUUUAUGGUUUUUUGACUUUUUAUAAUAGUGCAGAAGUGAUAUGCAUUUAGUUUGGAUCUUUACCCAGGCUGGCGAUCUACAGUAGGGUCCUCUUUUGUAAUGCUGGGCAGGGGCAGCGAGCACAGCCCCCAGGCAAACCACGUGAUCACGAGGGUCAGCAACCAACACACUUGAACCGUCCUGUUCUGGCUUUCAGUGCAGUGUUCAGUAAGUUACAUGAGAUACCAGACAUUUUAUUGUGAAAUAGGCUUUGUGUUAGAGGAUUUUGCCCAACUGCGCAAUACUGUAAUUGUUCUCAACACAUUUAAGUUUGGCGGGGCUAAGCUCUGAUGUUCAGUCGCUUAGGUGUUUUCCAUGCAUUUUCAACUAAAGAGAUUUCCAGCUGAACAAUGGGUUUAUUAGAAGCCGAGGCCGUCAUAAGCCGAGGAACAUCUGUCUAUACUGUGCGCCUCUGUGUUUUCCUUCAUUGCUUCCUGUCUCAUAUCCCUUUGUCUUUCUGUUGAUCUGUCACUCCACAUGAAGCUCCAGUCAAAUACAACUUCUUUUUUUUUUAGGUCAUUUAUUUAUUUACUUAUUAGAGAAAGCAUAAGCAGAGGGGGAGGCAAAGAGUGAAGCAGGCUCCCCACCGAGCAGGGAGCCCGAUGUGGGACUCGAUCCCAGGACCCUGAGAUCAUGACCUGAGCCACCCAAGCGCCCCCAGUCUAUGGUUAUUUCAAGAAAAAGUCCUAUUUGUGAAUUCUUCAUCUAGUGAAGAUGAAUUAAAAUCAGAAAGUCAACUCUGCCACCUUUAAAAACCCAGGAACAGAAAAAAAUUCCACGAGCAGGUAUAACCCUAUCCACAAUAAAUCACUUUCAAUCCAGUCCUGAAAACUAAUACAGAGUAGGAAGAAAGCAUUACAGAAAAAUUUUGUUUUCAUUAAUCAAGCUGGAAAAUAACGGGCCUUACACGAAUGCCCUUUAGGAAGACAGUUCUUAUAGUUUUAUGUUGAUGGAAACUAACAUUACAUUUGAAAUGCAUGUUAAAACCAUGACUGUAGACUAACUACCACUUUCAGUCGUCAGAAGAUGAAAAAUGGUCAAGAGUCACCCAAACUGAAUCCUGGUUCCUCCUGGAAAAUGUGUUCCUAAAUAUUUUCCCCCUGAACUACUGUGCUCUUUCUGUAUCUUACACAGCAGACACUGCGAUGCACAAACACAUCCAGAAGGCCUUUGAGGGCUGACAGCCUGCUGGAAUAAUGAGGAAUUCACCCGGGUUUCUGCCUUUCUGCCAGGCCCAGAAAGUUCUGGGUAACCCAGGUGACGUGUCAUGAGAAUACAAGUGUGCCUCACACCGUACGUAUCAUCUCCUCAGGGUAGACACCAAAAUCCAUGUUCGUAUAUGAAAAUCUGAGAUGCGUACAGAAAUCAAGAGUGAUUCUGUCAUCUUGAAAGAAAAACACACUGUUGCGCUGCCACAUGCCUCGUUUCUCCUCGAGUAACUGCAGGAAAUAGCGAUUGCAGUCAGAAAUCUCAGAAAGAAAAAUUAGAGUAAGGGCAACACCUGAAGUUUACUCCUGAAAAUACUUGGAGAACGACUGUGACCAAUAAACCAGGGCUUAGUUCAUGAGAGUAUGUCAAUGAGCUUAUACCAUCCCAUGUCCUGGUCAAAUCCUCAUGUCUGGGAGAUGGAGGGAUGUCUUCAUCUUCCAGAGCUACUAUUAGGGAAAAAGGUGGAGACAAUACUGAGUCCCUACUUCAGCAGGAGAGCCAAAAACACCUUGCCCCUCCAUAAUCCCAAAUGAAAAUAAACAUCUUGGGGCGCCUGGGUUGGUUAAGCUUCUGCCUUUGGCUGGGAUAGAGCCCCACGUUGGGCUCUUUGCUCAGCGGGGAGCCCACUUCCCUCCUUCUCUCUCGCCUGCCUCUCUGCCUACUUGUGAUCUCUGUCUGUCAAAUAAAUAAAAUAAAUAUAAUCUUUAAAACAGAAAAGAAAAGAAACAUCUCAUUUUACUAGUGUGCAGCAGUGACUAUGCAGGAGAAAUUAUUAUUAUUAUAUUAUUAUUAGAUGAUAUUAUUAUUAUUAUUAUUAUUAUUAUACUAUAUUGUUAACCUUUUGAAUUCGGACACCUAAAAUUUUUAAUAAAAUAUGAAGGCCUUCUUUUUUUUAUUAAGAUUUUAUUUAUUUGAAAGACAGAGAUCACAAGUAGGCAGAGAGGCAGGCAGAGAGAGGGGGAAGCAGGCUCCCCACUGAACAGAGAAUCUGAUGCGGGGCUAGAUCCCAGGACCCUGGGAUCAUGACCUGGGCUGAAGGCAAGAGGCUUUAGCCCUCUGAGCCACCCAGGCACCCCAUGAAGGCUUUUUUUAAAGAAAAAAAACUUCAGACUAUAUCUUUAUCCUAGAAGUUACCACUACAACUGGCUUCUGUCUUGGCCAACAUUUAGCCAUUCAGAUAAAGUCCGUAUUUAGUGCUUCGUGUGUAUGCAUGUGUAAAAUAAUAGGACAGUCAUAAAUCUUUAAGAUUGUGUAUAAUAACCGUGAAAUAAGGAUUCUUGAUACACAAGGUCUCGUCUGGGGAAAACAGCUGGAGAACAGUAUGCAGUUUUCAAAUGACGGAGGAGAAAUACGCAUUCGGUUAUGAGAAAGGGAAGGAGAAUAAGACCAAAUAUUAAUAAAAGGGAAAAAAGCUUUUUCUGCCAUCUUUCUGUGCCGUAGUAACAGUGUGAACAAAUGUCCCACAGAUGCCCUCAAGAACAUUAACACUGCUGAAAGGGGGGGCGAAGGCCAGGUUCUUAGGAGGCCAUGCACCAAAGUCAUCGUCCCAUUUCCUCACUGUGAUGACGAAGCAUGAGUACAUUGGCAAAUUUGAAAUUAUUGAUGACCACAGAGCUGGGAAAACUGCUGUGAACCUCACGGGCAAGUUAAACAAGUGUGGCAUGACCAGCCCUAGACUUGUAUAACUGAAAGAUCUAGAAAAGUGGCAGAAUAUUUCCAUCCCCUCAGUUUGGUUUCACUGCAUGGAAAAAUUCUUCUGGCAUCAUGCACCAUGAAGAAGGAAGAAUCCAGGCAGGAGGGAAAAUCCUGGGAUUCCUUUUUCCUAGAAAUAUAAUAUACAUGGCACAUGAAAUUCCUCAAUGGGAAAAAAAAAAGGAAAAUAAAUUACAGUCAACUAAUGUUUGACAAGGGUGCCAAACAAUUCAAUGGGGGUAAGAACAGUAUUUUACUCCCAAGCAGCCACAUGCAAAUAAUGAAACAGGAGUCCUGCCUCACACCAUACAAAGAAAAUAACCCAAAAUGCAUCAAAGACAUAAAUGUAAGCAUUAAAAUGAUAAAGUUCGGGAUGCCUGGGUAGCUCAGUUGGUUGGACGGCUGCCUUCUGCUCAGGUCAUGAUCCCAGAGUUCCCGGAUUGAGUCCUGCAUCAGGCUCCAAGCUCCACAGGGAGUCUGCUUCUCCCUCUGACCUUCUCCUCGCUCAUGCUCUCUCUCAUUGUCUCUUUCUCAAAUAAAUAAAAUCUUUUAAAAAAUAAAAAUAAAGUAAAAUGAUAAAGUUUUCAGAAGAAAACACAAAGGUAAAUGUUAGUGGUCUUGAAUCUAACAACGGCUCCUCAGCCAAACACCAAAGUCAAACAACUUAAAAAACAUAGUAAACAAAUAAAUGGGACUCAACCAAAAUAUCCCAGUUUUGUGCUUCCAAGGACCCCAUUGACAAAGUCAAAAGACAAGCCACUAAAUGGGAGAAAAUAUUUGCAGGUCAUAUAUAAGGAACAUGCAUUCAGACUGUGUGAAGAAUUCUUACAACUCAAAAAGACAACCAAGUUAAGAAAUGAGCAAAGAGGGGUGCCUGGGUGGCUCAGCGGGUUAAUCUGCUGCCUUCAGAUCAGGUCAUGAACUGGGAGUCCUGGGAUCGAGCCCCGUAUCAGGCUCUCUGCUCAGCAGGGAUCCUGCUUCCUCUCUCUCUGCCUGCCUCUCUGCCUGCUUGUGAUCUCUCUCAAUAAAUCUCUCUCAAAUAAAUAAAUAAAAUCUUUAAAAAAAAUGAGCAAA